UCACGAAAACGUCAAACUGCAUUUUUCUCGAAUGUCAGAUUUUUCACCCAAUUUCAGUCGACGGUGUAAAAAAACAGUGUUUUGUGCAUUUUACUACAGUUUUUCAACUUGAAACCGUAUAACAAACCGUAACUAUGGCCGACGAAGGCAAUGAAGAUAGUUGGCUUUACGGGAAUACGAAUCGAGAAGGAAAGGAUGAAAGCACGACAGAAGCCGAGAAAGACGCCGCCACAGGUGAGGAAGUAUCCCACCCAGAAAACGGGGAACAAAGUUCUACCAAGCGCGCCCGUGGCAGCUUCUCGGAUGAAGACAAUCACCAUCAACAUGAUGACAAUGCUAUGGAUUCGAGUGACCUGCAGGCCAGAAACGAUUCCACGGCUCCACGAGAAGACGAAUUUCAAGCUGAAGAGGAUUCUCGACUUCAUGAAGAGGAAAGUCACGAGCCGGCAGAGCGACUUGUGCGAAGCGAUGGUGAAAUGGAAACUGAUGAUAGCGACGAGGAUGAUGAUAUUAACGUCGUGAUCGGCGAUAUUAAGUCCGGUCCAAGUUACAACAUCAUAAAGCAAAGAGGACCGAUAGUACAACCACAGGCAGUUCAAGCUGCACCAGGACCGGACAAAGCGAAACAACCAGCCGGAAAGUUUAGUAUCGAUGAAUUUGAGAGUGUUGGAACGAUUAAUGGUGUUGCGGCGCAUGAGUUUAGCAUUGACUCGCUGGAUGAAAAACCGUGGCGUAAACCGGGUGCCGAUAUUACAGAUUACUUCAACUAUGGGUUUAACGAAGAGACUUGGCGAGCUUACUGUGAGAGGCAGAAGCGUAUGCGAAUGCAUGAAAGCGGUGUCGGUCUGCAAGGAUUGACUGUCAAUAAUCCGCAGGCGGCUCAAGCACAACCACACUGGAGAUCUGGUCCUCCGCCUCCUAGGAAAAUGAAUAACGGUAUUGAUGUAAUCGGUGGAAUGAAUAUGCACCCCAGACAGGAGGGUGACAUGAUGGGACCUCGUCAUCCUAAAGAAAAUGUCAUUCAAGUGAUGACCGCUGAUCGACGUGAAUAUAGUCGAACUUCCAAUAAAUACGAUCCGUCGAUGGGCCCACCGCCAUUCGGGGCACCACCAGAUUUCUAUCAUAACGAGCCUGAUUAUGGUGAUUACGGAUACGAACCGACACAGGAGUCACAAUGGAAUCAGGAAAGCUCCUGGCAACCUCAUGGUAUCAAGACACUCACACCUGGGCCACCGCCUCCGCACAUGAUGCCCCCUGGAAUGGUGAUGCCACCUCAUAUGGAGAUGAUGCCACCCCCAAUGCAACCGGGAAUGGGUAUGGGACCUCCUGGAAUGGGUCCGCCGGGAAUGCGUAGUCACGAACGCGACGUUCGAGGUGAUCGAGAACGAGACAGAGAACGCGAACGUGAGCAUCAUGGUAAAAUUCGUGAACGCGAACGUGAACGGGAUCAUCGUCGCGAACGCGACCGUGAAAGAGAGCGAGAGCCGGUUACCAUUAAGACAGAAAUUAUGGAAAUGGAUCGUCCACGAUCGGAGAAACCAGAACGCGAUAUCGAAAAAGAAAAGGAUAAGCGAUCCUCCAAAUCAGAUCGUCACAAGGAACGAUACCGGGAACGGUCUCGCAGUCGUGAAAAAUCCAAGUCACGAAGAAGGUCCCGCAGUCGCGAACGAGAGCGCGAACGACACAGUAGCCGGUCGGAGAAAAAGAAAUCGCACCGCAUGGAUAAGGAGGAAAGCGAAUAGUAAUAUAUGCUUACUGUGGAAACCUGUUUAUGUCAUCAUUCUGAAAUUAAAGCAAAAAAACAAGUCUUAAUUGGGUGCA